GCCGUUGUCUCCCGGCAAGUCGCCCUUCUGCUCCCCGAACGGGAGGAACCCUCUUCGGUUAAAACCCAGGGUCUAAGCUGCCCUUGAAUGGGGUGGGAGUAAGGAUGGCGGUGGAUGGGAAAGCGAUAAUGAUAAUAAUACCAUUUAUCCCUCUGUUCUGGAUUCUCCGGAGAGUUCGCCCGUCCCAAUUCUGGAUAGCAACCUCACCCCACACACGCACCCCAGUUCUGAACAGCUACUUUCUCAUUUCAAAAUGGCAGAAAAGGAUGCCGCUGGCUGUUAGCAGAUGUGAUUAAAGGAGAAGUACAGAUAAAGCUUGCAAUUCUCCUUAGAUGAAAAAAAACAUUGGAGGAAAAAAAUGAUUGAAGUCAUAAUACUGAAGAUUGAAAAUCCAGAUUGCUUUUGGGUCUACAUAAUAGGAGGCAGAAAAUUUGUAGACAAUGAAAUGGAAUAUGAAACACUUCAGACUGAAAUGAAUCAAUUCUAUAACAAACAUUAUCGAUGUGUGGAUGCCAAGCCCUGUGCACUAGAAGAGGGACAGGUUUGUGCUGUUUACUGUGAGGAACUGAAAUCUUGGUGCAGAGCUGUUGUUAAUUCAAUCAUAUCGUAUACGGAUUAUUACAUUGCAGAAUGUUUCCUUGUGGAUUAUGCCAAAACUGUUCCUGUGAACACUAAAAAGAUCUGUGUGGUCGUAAAAUCAUUUAUGAGGCUGCCUUAUAGAGCUACAAAGUUUAGGUUGUACUCUGUCAAACCAGUUACCCUACGUGUCAACUAUUACAAUGACAAUGCAGAGAUAGUGCCCGCUAAUAAAUGGGAUGUUGCAGCUGUCCAGUACUUCCAAAACCUCCUGAAUGCAGCCACUCAAGUGGAGGCCAAGUUACAUGCUGUUGAAGAGGAUAAUUUUGCUGUCUAUCUUUAUGUCACAAUAAGUGGUGAAAAGGUGUGUGUGAAUGAUGAUCUUGUUGCAAAGAACUUUGCUUGCUAUGAACUCGGUAAAACAAACCAGAAACCAGGUUCAGAAGGUGCCAAAUCUCUUUCAGAGAAGAAUCCUGUAAUGUUGCUGUGGCCAACGUUACUGCGAGAAUCUAAGGUUUCUGAGAUGGGUGCUGCUCCUAUUUGUGAUAAUCCUGACAAAGCAGAGUUUACACAUUUCUCAGAAACUAAUUUACAUAAAACAAAACAGCCUGAUAUAGUGGUGCCUGUUUCACCUUUGAAGCAAGGAAUAACUUUUUCUGUACCAACAGACAUGCAAACAGUCAGCAACUUGCCUAAGACAAGUACCAAAAUCCAGGAAGGGGAGAAUGAUCUCCAGGAGAACAACCUUGGGGUGAAGCUUCUACAGUUUUUAAACCCUGAUCCUCUGAAAAUUGCCACCGGACAAGAAACUGAGGAGCUUAAGAUGAAUAUCACUACAUGUCUUCCUGUUGUGCUGAGUAAUAAAAUUGAUCCAUGUUCAUCUCUUGAAACCGCACCACUGUUUCCAGCUUUAAAAAAGGAGCUUUUAAGAAAGCAAUUCCAAGGACCUAAUCAUGUACAGUCUUAUUGCUGGCCUGCAAUAGCACGUGGAUAUGAUUCGCUUAUUAUCUCUUCUGAAAGUAACCCACUUUCAUAUCUUCUGCCAAUCAUUACAUUUUUGCAGUCAAGAAAUUGCUACAUAUCGUUAUCCGCUAGACAUGGUCCAGUAGCAUUAAUCAUAUGCCCUGGCCAGAAGAAAGCAGAACUGGUAUUUGAACUCCUGAAAAUGUACAGCCAUUGCUCCAGGCCUCUCCACCCAAUGUUGCUUUUCCUGGGAAUGAAUAAGGAAGAAAUCAAGAGUGUAAGAAUUCCAAGAGGAUGUGAAAUCGUGGUAACAACCCCACCUAGCUUUUUGCGGCUGCUUGAGCAUCAUAGUUUACUCUUCCUUAGGUUGUGUCAUCUGGUGUUUGAUGAGGUUGAUGUAUUGUUCUCUGAUGCCAAGGAGCAGUUACUUGCUAUUUUGCAAUACUACAAAUUUAACUUGAGCGUUGAAGAAAAGGAGUUUGCACCUCAGCAGAUUGUUGCUGUUGGAAACCACUGGGACAAAAACGUAGACGUUUUAACAAAAGAAUUCAUGAAUGAUCCAUAUAUUAUAAUCACCUCCAUGGAAGAAGCUGCCAUAUAUGGGAAAGUGCAACAGGUUGUGCAGCUCUGCCUUGAAUGUGACCGGAUCUCUACUUUACUUCAGACAUUAGAUUUUACCCCUACAGAUGCUCAAAAGACUCUGAUUUUUACAAGUUCUGUGGAAGAAAGAGACAUGGUAUACAAGGCAGUAGAAAGCAUUUCACUCUUUUGCUUGAAAAUGAACCCGGGAAUUGGAUUUCAAUCUGAUUAUAUUGUAGAGCAGUGGAACAAAACCAUCAGUCCUGGCACCCAUGUUGUAUUAGUUUUAACAGACGACUGCACGGCAGCUGUAAAAUUUACAGACGCAACCCGUGUCAUUCAUUUCAGCUUUCCACCAACUCCAAGAAUCUUUGGUGCCCGCCUACAUGGCUUGUCUGCCAACUUCCAGAAUUCAGUAGAAAAGAGUCCAUCGCUGGGAAAAGAACAGAGCAAAGCCAAAUCCAUCUUGCUGUUGACAGAGAAAAACGCCUGCCAUGCAGUUGGAGUGUUGCAUUAUUUGAAACGGGCAGAAGCUUUCAUCCCCCCUGACUUGUACAACUUUACCAGGGGAGUGUUGGAAGCCAAAGAGGAAAAGAGAAGCAGGCAGCCGUUGUGUUCUUCCAUUAAGGCCUAUGGAACAUGCAAAAAUAAAAAACGCUGUCCCGAUCGCCAUCGCAUUAACCUUCAAACUGAUGUGCCCUCAAAAGUAACUGACGAAGUUCUGCAAACAGGUGGAAUUAUAACAAUACUGCCUCUUUUUAUUGUGGAUGCCACAAACUACUUAGGCCGUGUGGUCGGGAAAUGGGGUAAUCCCUAUGCAGCUCUUGAAACAGAGCUAAAGGAUUAUUAUCAGGAAUCUAAUAAUUGUACCCCAGUUGACAAGGUGAAGAAGUUGGCAGUGUAUGGACUGCGGGAAGAGAAUUCUUUCCACAGGGUCCAAGUGCUAGACGUGGAACCAAAAGAAGAUUCCGGUGCGUUUUACAACGUCCACAUCAAGUACAUAGACGAAGGCAGAACUGGCUUUGUCCAAAAUCAUCACUUGCUUAGUUUACCAGAACAGUUUCAAACGUUGCCUCCGCAGGCUGUGGAAUUCAUAAUUUGUAGGGUUAAACCCAUUGAUAAUGAAGCAGAAUGGCAUCCAAAAGUAUCUAGAUACAUUAAUGACAAAAUCAGAGGGAAACCACACGAAGCAAAAAUAGCACUUGUCCUGGGAAAUACAAUUUGGGUAGAUCCGGUGAUUCGAGUCACUAAACUUCAAGACCUGAAAACUUCAAUCAACGAAUAUAAUGUUCGCUCUGAAAUCCUAUCUACUGGAUUGGGAGUAGACAAUCCUGAGCAUAUACAGGAACUUGAGAAAUUAUUUAACGAGGCUGAAAUACCCCAUGAGAAAAAAGAGAAGCUUGCAUUACUUCAUCCCCCCAUGGAUGGAAGAAAUGCUGAACCCGUUGAGCAGAAUGUCUCCGCUCCUGCAACUCUUAGCUCAGAGGCCACAGACAAACCGGCCCUGCCCGUUGUACAGAAAUCGCAACACAGCCAAGAUAUCGUCCAUGAUGGUUAUUCUGAAGUACCUUUAGAAAACCAUUGCAAUGAAACGGUGCAAAGUAAGAACGACGAAGACGUUCCGCAGACUUCGCCUAAAUGGCUCCAUCCAGCAAUAAAGUGGUUUGACAAGCAAGAUGCUGUUGUUGUGAAGAUAAAAUUGCAAAAUAUUAGUAAUUACGACUGCAGGAUUUUUGAACAGAGGGUCACGUUCAGCGCUUCGGCAAACGGCAAAUUUUAUUUGGCCGAUAUGGAGCUGCAGAGAAGCAUCCUCAGAGAGAAAUCGACUUGCGUACUUAAGGGCAAUGAACCCACCAUUCUCCUUGUAAAAGUGAAGAAGGAACCUUGGUGCAACUUGCUAAAAGAGAAAAACCAUCAUGUAUCUUUUGACUUUGAUUACUUGGAUGACAAUGAGGAAAGAAGCCCAUUCCAUGUAGGAUCAAGUCCUAAGAAAAUAUAUGAGAUUCCUAUAGGGGUGUGUGAAGAAGAAGAGGAGGAAGAUGAAUCUUCAAAAGAUAGUGAUUCAGAGAGUGAUUUAUCCUCUUGUUAAUUAUAUCUUGGGCUUUAGUCUUUGAUCCCCCUACAAGGUUAAAGAAUCUAAAACAGAUAGUACAAAACCCCUUGCAAGUGCAUCGGAUACUUUUUCAUAGUAUCAGCAUUUUAUCAAAAAUGUUGAAAACAAGACUUCUGUGGGGUGUUGCAUUUGCUGCUUAUUGACAGUUAUAAUUCUAAGCAUGCUCGUUCCAAAUGAAUCUUAACAAAUUUGAUUGAAAUUUAAUUUGAUAUACAAGUUGAUAGUUACACCAAAUUUAACAAUUAGACCAGGACAGGUACAGUAUUGAAAAUUGCUUUUCAGUUGCAAUUAUACCAAAACACUUCACAAAGAAAGCAUGUUUUUUUUUAAUCUUGCUUAAAAAAAAACCACACACAAUAUAAUCAGAUUUUUUUGUAAUGCUAUAUGUGCUAACAGGGUAGGCUGAUCAUUUGUUGUAACUCGGUUCUUAAGGAACUUAAAAUGGGUAAUGUUAAUUCAAUCUAAUUGCUUUGACAAGAUAAUUCUUUGUGAGAGGUAAAGCAGUAAUACAACAUUACAAAAGAAUAACUUGGUUCUUUUUUCACAGUAUUAAGUUUUGUGUGUUUGUUUCAGAAAAUGUUCAAAUACCUGAUUUUGCUUUCAGGUGUAUAGUUUUGUUGUGGUAUUGCAAUAUAUCAGCUGUGUCGACCAAAGCAACACAUAUUUCUUCCUCAAGCAGAAGAAAAUAAAGCAUAUCACAUAAUUUCUUGAAAUGUUAACAUGGAAAAUCUGAAUACAGAAAACCUGUAAUUAUAGUUGCAACUUAUACAGAAUAGUAAAUUUUGCAAAAUGUUAUUGACAUAGAGGGCUGUAGUAUAUGUUUGUGGGCUAAGGUCAAAGGUUUUUAUUGUAGUCAGGAAUUCUUCACACCCCCACAUUCAUUAGAAGUGUGUUUCUCGACCCCGGCAAAUUUAAGAUGUGUGGACUUCAACUCCCAAAAUUCCUCAGCCAGCAAAGUUAUCAAGGUUGAGAAAUUGUGUUAGAAUAUACAAGCCAGUUCUCUGAAAACCUAUAGUUACUGUACAAUCCAAUUGUUCUAGUUUUAUAGCUGUGCAAAAUUUUAUCAAAACAACAAAGGAAGCACAAGUCUACAAACAAUCUAAGUUUAUAAUUCUGCAUUCAGAUACUUGAUCUUUCUCUGAAUUAAUAUUGGUCCUGUUAACCGUUAAUUGUCUUUCUGAGAAAAAAAGAAGUGUUCAUUAAAAUCUAAAACGAAUAAA